AUGGGCAUUUUUUCUUUGGAAAGAGCCCACGAAUCCUACACCCAAUACGCCCGCCUCUCGGAACGAGAGCUGUCGUUAAUGCGCAGGUCCUACUCCACGUUGGGACGCGCCAACAAAAAUAUCCGGUACAAGAUUGGGUACCCGAGAAAGCUAGACCGGAUGAAGGACAUCACUGACUUAAAUGCCAUGAUCACAGACGGCAUCGCUGAGCUAGCGGUCGAAGAAUUCCCGUCACUCAAGACCAGGGAUCCGGCUGCGGCGGGGUCAGCAGACCUAGGACGGGUUCAGGAAUCUUUGAAGCAUUUUCUGCAGGACUGGAGCAAGGAAGGAGCGGCAGAACGGACGCGUAUAUUCGCUCCCAUCCUUGAUUUUCGAGCUCGUCUCUUCCUAGCCGAACGUGAGGUUGAUGCAGCUGCAGGAUACGACACUACAGCAAAUGAGCUCUCGUUCUUCAUGACGCUCCCUCUUCGUUUCCUUCUCUUUCCCAAGACAACCACAACUCCUAUCGAACACAUUCUCUGCCCAUAUGCACACCGGUUCUCCCACCAGCGGACGAACGACUCCCUCUUCCGUGGUAUCUCCUUUCCUGACGUUGCACCCCGCCUCAGGCCCACCUUCCGGCUCGUCGAGGAAGGUUUUACGAAGCUCAAAGCCCAUCAUCCAACAAAAAUGAUGCAUAUGUACAUGGACAGAUACAAUUACGUUGUCACCCUCUUCUUCAUCGACACCUCCCUCGACCUUCUCUCGACCUUGAACCACAUCCACACCCUCCUCCGUCCUGGCGGCACCUGGAUCAACCUCGGUCCACUGCUCUGGACAGGCGGAGCACAAGCCAAAGUAGAACUCAGCCUCGAAGAGGUCUUGCAGGCCGUAGAAGAGGGGAAGGAGUAUGGAAACAGGAGAGCAGGAGGCCGACGACAUUGUUCUCGCCUUUACCAGGUCUCGCGGGCGAAGUCGGCUUUAGGGUAG